GUCACUGUAUUUGCUCUCUCCAAGCCUGUGAAAUGCGAGAAGUCGCCAACCUCGUGGUAGCCGCUCAGUGCUCAGUGCUCUGACAGCGGGGGCUAGUCCCAAUGAGGAAGGGGCGCACCUGCCCUUUGCCGCUGGGUUUGCAAGUGCUCAGCCACACAAGGGAGUAAGAUGCCGAGACACCUGAAUGGUUGGCCAAGGCUGAUCGACAGAGAAUUCCAAGUCUCAGACACACACGGGGAUCGAGGAAUGAAACACUUUGGAUGAGUGACACCCGUAGCAAGCCAUUCACUGCGAGGUAUCCGAACCGCCAACGGUUGUCGCCAAUAAAAGAGGAUGUUAAUUGUAAUAAUCUCUUUGUCUGCUUUUUCAGAGAAUCAAACAAAAGCGCUCGUCGGCCCCAUUCCAGCCUGUGGAUACUAAGGUCGUCGGGCUGGUGGGACCCAGUUGUUACUGUGAAACCCUCCCUGACGAUAAAUAGCCUGCUAUUUCGGCCGGCAACUGGACACGGCCACUGGGACACGGCCACUGGGACACGGCCGAGAGCCCGAGAUGAUCAUGGAGAAUGCUCGGAGACAUGUGGCUAUCAAGACGGACGGCUACCGCUGGGCGGACAUCCCCUGGAGAGGAGGCGAGGCGGAACGAUCUUCACCAACGUGGCUGUCCUUGUGCAGGAUCGAGGCGGUCCACACGUGCCGUUGAUAAAUCGAACUUGCCCGUUCUGCUUCAAGUCAAACGCGUUGGAUUAAGCCAUUCUAUACGAACUUCUUUUAGUAGGCGAUCGUGGACGAUUCGACGAGGCCCAAGGUUAGCUUCCGGGAUUCGUUUGCCGGUCGAGGCCAAGUUGCUGGGGACUUUGGGACAUUGUACCUGACUCCCGUCCUUAAUGAAGUUUCAAUCUCAACUUCCAAAGGUAGGAACUUUCUAGCAGUUGCGGCGGGGUCUGGUCCUUA